ACCCACCCUCCUUCCCACUCAGCUCACACAUGCUCUAAGGUUGACAGGAGUGACCAACAUGUACUAAUUGUCAGACUUCUGAAGUGGAACCAUGAGGACAACUUGGAGUUGGCUCAUCUUUUGUCAUUUAACUCUGGCUGAUUCAGAGAACAUUUCCAGUGGUGAUGAAUGCCUGCCUUGCUUGCCCCUAUAUCUGACUGUUCCAAAGAAUAAAGGAUGCAUUAGAAAAGAGAAAUGCUGGAAGCCUAGAGGUCAAUUAUGUGGUUAUUGCAAUACUACAGGCCUUGAUGCUGGAGAAAAACCUGGAUUUCCCAAAUACAUAAAACCCAGUGAUCCUGGGGUUCAAAAAGCAGCCAGGUUUGCAGUUGAAAGGUUUAACAACUGCACAAAUGAUAUCUUCUUAUUUAAAGAACUUCACAUUGAUAAAGCAAUGGUGCAGCUCGUGAAAGGACUAAAAUAUAUGAUUGAUAUGCAUAUAAGCCGAACAAUGUGCAAGAAGAAUAAACGUUACAACUUGGACAACUGUGACUUUCAAAAAGAUACAACUUUACAGCAGACAUUCAGCUGCUAUACUGAAGUUUGGGUCAUUUCCUGGCUCCAAAAGACUGAGCUGCUUGUUCUCCAUUGUCAGUAAUUUCUUGCUUCUCCUCAACCUUUAAAGGCUGAAUGUAUAGUGUUUUGGUUUUCAGUUCAGUUUUCACUUUCUGUAUCACAAAUAGUCUGUAUUCUUUGAAUGUAUUUGUGCCUUAGAGUCCACUAGAACUUAAAUGAACUGAUGCUGAAUGAAGUGAGCAGAGGCAGAAGAACAUUGUAAACAGUGAUGAACAACUAUGAUAAAUCUAGCUCUUCUCAACAAUGCAGUG